AAUCUAUUGCGAAGUAUGUUUUUUCCCAUAAUUAGCAAAAGCAGUAGUCUUCUUAGAUAUGACGUAAAUGUACAUAUAAAGGAUAUAGACUGGCCAACCUCAGAUAUUCCAAUGAUCAAAACACAUACCCAGACUUUGCAAUGGACUGUUGAUGGAUCAGGGCUCUCAGGGGGUUUAAAUGCACAGAUACGGAUAUAUGUCUGGGGAAUAAGGAUAUUAUCUUUAACUAUAAAUGGUGACCUGAGUGUACGACGACUUGGAUUCAAAAUUGAUAUAAUAAAGGAUGCAAGAAACGGUUCAAUUAAAACUGCUGAUUGCCAGUGUGGCGGGGGUUCAGUUAGACUUAGACUUUAUGGAAGUAUUGUGGCCUGGAUUGCUAACAUGUUCACUUCCUUAAUUGAAAGUAGAACGAGAAAAUUGCUUGCCGAUCCAGAUGGACUU